AUGCAAAUCCACCUGCUCAUCCCUCCUAAUCCCUUCUUCUCCGCCCAUUUCCUGUCCGCCCAGUUCCUUUCCGCCCAUUUCCUUUCCGCCCAUUUCCUUUCCGCCCUUUUCCUUUCCGCCCAUUACCUGUCCACCCAUUUCCUGUCUGCCCAGGUCGCACAGAGUGCUGGCAUGAGGAUGGUGGGUGUAAGCUUGGGUGAGGGUGGGCAUCUGCCUCCUGUCUACCUCCAUUUACCCCACCUUUCCCCCUCAUUUCCACCCCCCUCAUUUCCCCAACAUUUCCCCCACCUUUCCCCCUCAUUUUCCCCCUUUCCCCCCUCCAUUCUCCCUCUUGUCCUCCUCGUUCCCCCCUCCUUUACCCCUCCUUUCUCCUUCCUUUCCCCAUCAUUUCCCCUGCCUUUUCCCCGCCUUUGCUUCUCACUCCUUUCCCCCUCCUUUUCCCCCUCUUUCUCCUUCUUUCGCCCCUCUGUCCCCCUCCUUCCCUCUCCUUUCCCCCUCAUUUCCCCUCAUUUCAUCCCUCCCCACUACUCCUCUCCUAGUUCCCUUCCUUUCUCCUCCUUUCGCCUCCCAUAUCCCCUCCUUUCCCUUUCCUUCCCCCCUCGGUUCGCCCUCCUUUCACCCCACCUUUCAACCCCCUUCUUUCCUCCCUACCCACUCCAUUCACGCUCCUGUCCCCCUCCUUUCUCCUCCAUCUUCCCUCCUUUUCCCCUCCAUCCCCCCUCCUUUUCCCCUCCAUUUCCCCUGCUUGUUCAUCCCCCUCCUGCCCCUCUCUUGUUCCUUUUCCCGACGCUCUUCCCCACGCUCUUCCCCACACUCUUCCCCACGCUCUUCCCCACGCUCUUUCCCACGAUCUUCCCCACGAUCUUCCCCACACUAUUCCCCACGCACCCUCUUCAGCGCUCUCACCCGGCACCACAGCUCUACCACCCCUGCCCCACUAUCACCCAGCUGCACUCUCCGCAUUGGUUGCUGCCACGUCAGCAGCACCCCCAACCAAUCAGAGGGCGCCGGUGGCAAAGGGGAGAAGCGUUUGGUAUCGCCGCCUGGUUGGAAGGAGGAAGCUUCCUGAGAGCUUCCAAUGCGGCUGAAUGUUUCUCACUAUGCCCUGCUGGCAGCAUGGUGAGUUGA